GGGAUUUGGAAUGGAGGCGCUGAAGCAUGUGGAGGUGAAGGCGGAGGCCACCAAGGCGUCAGAUGGCCAAUGGGGCGUUGCUGGGGGAUUGCUGGCUGCAGUGGCCGCCCAGUGGGUGGCAAUGUCAACCCCUCCAAGGGCACGAGGUUUCGGCGCGACCUGUGCCAUUAUAAUCUGGCGAACAUCGCGAUUUCAGUGCCUGUUGUUCGGCUACUGCCGCCGUGAUUCACGAUUGACCAGCAGCAGCAGUAGCAACAGUAGCAGCAGCAACAGAAACAACAACAUUCAAAUCCACGAAAUCAUCAAUGACUCCCCAUCACCGCCUGACGUAACACAGAUACCCAGGAUGCAGAACAAUCCCAGCCCACAGCUACCCUGCAAGGGUAUACUCAAGACUUCGCGCAGCUUCGACAAGUCAGGAGCCAGUUUUCGCAAAAGUGCCAAGUUCGAUGAGCUGAACGUGAUGCAGACCUUCCAUCCGGCCGACAAGGACUACGGACACAUGAAAAUCGAUGAGCCCAAGACGCCGUACAACUACACGGAGGGCUUCGACGAGAACAGGGACGAGCUGGACACGGAGUUGCUAGUGGAGAAACUCCGCAUAGCGGCUAACACACAGCCGUCGAUAGAGAGCAUCGAGGAUGAAGGUUCCUCCGGUGAUGACCAGCCCCUUAGCGAAGAGGAGCGACAACGCCGACGCGAGUUUGAGCGACGUCGCAAGGCCCACUAUCGCGAGUUUGAGGCCGUUAAGCUGGCAAGGAAGCUGAUCCAGGAGGAGGACGACGACGAUGACGACGAGGACAAGGGCGCGGAUAGCCGGCCCUCGGGCUCGGCACAGGGCGCUUCCAGUUCCGGACGCUUCGCGAGCAGUUCGGCAAAAAAGUCGAGCUCCCAAGCUGACUCCUCCACAUCCCCGUCUACCAGCGCCGGCCAGAACAUGGACCUGGAGCCAUCGAACAACUAGAAGCAAUGUCAACCCAUCAAUCAAUCACUAAUGUUUACCUAGCGGACAAUGGACGAUUCUGAGGGCAGCUCAUCCAAACAAUAAACAAACGAAAUUAUAUCAAAUUAUCAAGUGCUGUGCGAGCGAGCGCGGCGUGAGAAGUGGAUGCUUAUUAGCGGAGUGGCGAGGAGCACUCGUGAUUAAUUGAAUUUACCCAACUAAACACGAAACGUCGUCAAGGAGGUUAAUCCGAGGCACUUAAUUGUUGCAAAUUGAGUUUACAGCACAAAGAAUGUGCACCUGGUCGGAGAAUUAGAUUGUACGACCCAAAAUAUAAUUAUCGUGUAUGCGUCUCAGCCGUAGCGUACUGUUGCAAAUGUAGUUAAACAAAAGUCUUUUUAAAUUGAUAUCGAUCGAUGGAAACCCAUUGAGUUUUGGUCCAUGUCUCCCGUUCGCAGCUCCGUUUGCAUUUAAUUUGAUUGGAUGCCCAGUGCCAGUGCCACAGAAUGGAUAACUUGUUGUAACUAGCGUUGAAGUUGAUUUGGCCUUACUUUUAGUUAUUUAUUAAUACGAUACUUAUAUGAUUACUAUUAAGUUUUAGCCAUUGAAUGCGAACGUUUCAAUAAAGAGAGUCCAAAACCCAAUUGAAAAAAA